AUGAAUGCUCCACAAGGGCUUGUCGGAGGCACGUUCAGUGGCGAGGAUCGCGCACUGGUGUUGUUCAGGCUGUCAUUGACGGGCAACGGUGCUUUCCGUGACGUCUGGUUACCCAACAGGCCCCUACAUCAGAGGCUAUUCAUCGCCCGUGCCGGUACCUCUCAGGAAGAGACUGGCGCGCUUCCCACUAUGCCCUUUUGGUUGAGGACUACAACCGAUCAGGGCAUACUCAUCUUUCAUGGAGCUCAUGGCCCGGCUCACUUCAGCCUGCCUCACGAACUGAAUAUAUGGCAUCCUCUCGGCUCAAGUCGUCCCACUGCCAUGCUUUGCAUAUGGGUGCCUGGUCACGACCUCACCAGAGAACCUGUCAAUAUAAAUGUAUCAACAUCCCAGUUGGUACACAAGAUCUGCGACACGAUUGCCGGAUAUCUCAAUAGCCAAGAUAUCCGGGUCCCCGGAGUCGCAGGGCGCCUAACACCCGCACAAAUCCGCCUUCAUGGCAUAAUUUGGGUCUCUCGAAGAGAUCUCAUGCCUGUCCUCACAAUCGUCUGA